CAACGGGCUUAGAACGAAACGGAACGUCCGACGCCCAACAACUUCCAUCGCGCUCUCCGAAAAACGCGUUAAAAACAAGAAAAAUCAAGAGAGCUUUUUUCAGUGUAGCCAGAGAGGAAGAGUUGUAGAGAAGAACCGGCGGAACAACAAACUGAACAGCGACACGGCGAAAAAAAAACACGGCGGAGAAACAAUAAAAGUCGGCCAGCGGCCAAAAACGCGCUCAUUGCGUGCGCUGUUUUCGCAACGGCAACGGAAAAUUAGCCACCCAGUUGAGGUGCGAGCGAGAUAGCCAGCUAGCGAGUGUAGUACGGCAACGGAAUACGGAUUUUCCGAGUGACGGGAAAAGUACGGAAAAGCAGAGGACAGGAGCACGGAACACAGAGUGCGGAUACGAAGCCAGGAUGCGACACGCAUUUGUUGGAUUAAUUGUGUGCUGGCUGGCAGUUUGUCAACCGCAAGCUGAGGCGCAGUUCGGAGGCUUUGGGUUCCAGCCGCAGUUCCAGCCGCAGUACCAGCCGCAGGUAUAUCGGCAACCGCAGGUGUACCGCCAACCGCAGGCUUACCAAGCUCAACCACAACCUCUGGUUUAUUACCAACAGCCCCAGCAGGUCUACCAGCAGCCCCGCCAGCGACAGGGAUCCGUCUCGAAGGCCAACACGAAUGCCUACGAGCGGCAGGUGGACUUCGGGAACAAUCUGGAGUACACGCAGGGCCUCUCGAACUCGCGGGCGGUGACCAAGCAGAAUGGGCAGCGCGUGGUGACCAAGAGCCAGGCGCAGACGAGGGACGUGGACCUGGGCGGCCUGCAGCUGGGCAACACGCUGACCCGCACGCGGACCAAUGCCAACGGGCAGGUGUCCCAGGGCAUCGCCGAUCAGUUCAGGAUCGGAAAUGUCGGACUGGGCGCCUCCCUGUCGCCGCAGAACCUGCAGAACGGCUUCGGCCUGCAGCGCGGCGCCGACGGUGACCUCCGCUUGGGCCUGGGCCUCCUCAAUCUCGACCUGGACCGCAAUGUGGCCAACUCGAACACGCUGUCGCAGGCCCAGGUGAAUGCCCAGGGCAAGGGCGCCAAGGCGGGAUCGAGCAGCAAUUCGCAGUCGAAUACCCAGCAGUACGGCGGAGUCACCGUUACGGAUACGCGCUCCAACUCGAAUGCCUUUGGCAAGACGCGCAGGGGCCAGACCUCGGCCACCACGGGAGGAUUCGGAGGCAGUGCGGCCACCAAUGGCCAGACCUUCGGCGCCGCUCCCUUCCAGCGGGUGGUGCGCCAGAACAGGCCGCGGCCCAAGAGGCGGGCCCAGUUCGUGCCCUUCGGCUAUCCGGGAGGCGGCUUCGGUCCCGCCCCCGGACCCUUCGGCCUGGGACCCUUGGACAGGCCAAGGAGGCAGUUCGGCGGUGGCUUUGGCGGCUUCGGUGGCUUCGGAGGAGGCCCGCAAUUCGGGGGAGGACCACAAUUCGGAGGCGGUGGCUUCGGAGGACCCGAGUUCUACGAGCAGCCCCAGCAGCAGCAGCAGCAGCACAAGAAGAAGGGCAACAAGAACCAGGCGCAUGGCAAUGCGAAUGCCCAGGGCGGACCGGGCUUCAACCAGCAGGCGUCGACGAACAACCACGCGAGUCCCGGCAACACGGGCAGCAGCUCGAUCAGCUCCAAUUUGGCCCAGGACGGCAGCAGCGGGCAGGUGAGCUCGGCCAACACGAACACCCACCAGGGGCAGACGGCCAACGGGGGCUACGAAAGUGAUCAGAACUCGCAGAGCCAGGCCCUCAACUUCCGGCCCGGCGAGCAGCAGGCCUCCAGUGCGAAUGCCAACACCCAGCACACCCAGCAGGGCGACCGGGAUGCCUACUCCUCGAACAGCGGCUCCACCUCCACGAACAACAACCAGUUUGGCUCCGCCACCAACACCGCGAACACCAAUUCGCAGGUGGUCAAGGAGGGCAAUCGCCAGGAUGCGACCAGUGAUGCCAACAGCCAGAGCAUCUUCCAGGGCAACAACGGCCAGGGAGACGCCUCCGCCCAGACGAACGCCCAGACGAGCAGCCAGCGGGGUCCCAAUGGAUUCGUGAGCAACUCGGCCUCCAGCAGCGCCACCGCCACCGCCCAGAACGGCCAGUCGGCCAAUGCGAACGCGAAUGCGAAUGCGGGCGGUGGUGCCGGUGGUGCGGGAGCCGGCGCAAAUGCCGGUGGCUUCGGCGGUGGUGCAGGUUCCGAUGCCAAUGCAUCCGGUGGAUUCGGAGGCAACGGUGGUGGUGCCGGGGCAAAUGCCGGCGGCUUCGGUGGCUUCGGCGGCGGCGGCGGCGCCAAUGCCAAUAGCAACGCCUUUGGCGGCUUCGGCGGCUUCGGCUUCUACGGACUUCGCCAUCGAGCCCAGCAACAGAUUCGCUUGCAGCGCUGGCAGCCACGCCCCCAAAACGGCACUUCAUCCCGGAGCUCGUCUACCUCAUCCACCUCCUCCUCGAUAAACGAUAACUUUGAGUACGUGUACUUCAACCACUCGUCUUCGUCACGCCUUGAAGAUCUGCAGCCCGGGAGUUCUGGCCAGGAUCGGGAUGGGAAUGGAAUGGGUAGGGUGCCGCUGAACACCUCGGUGGAUGUGGAUGCCUUCGGGCCGUACGAUAGAACCCAGCGUCAGGGGCGGACCUUCGGUUUGAUCUACGACUGGAUCAGUGGCCUCUUCAACUCCUGCGUUUCGCCCUGCACCCUGGAGGCCUUCCAGAAGCAAACCUGCUGCGAAACGUAUGUGGUGGAUCCCUCGUACCCCCUUCCUCCUCCUCCUCCGCCACCCCCUCCGCCACCACAAAGCUGCUGUGCUCCUGUGAGACCACCCUACCCCUCUCCACCCAGACCACUGCCCCCUCCUCCUCCACCGCCACCCAUGGCCUACCCCUAUCCACCCAUUUAUCCCAAUAAGAAUACGCCCGUGAUGGUGGUGGCCACGCCCAUCAACUGCUGCACCGUGUGCACAUUCACCUACUACGGACCUCCGCCCUGUGGGCGGCUCUACAACAACAACACCAGCAGCGGGGAUGGCAAGAAGGUCAUCUAUGUGCCACCACCCUAUUACGGCCGCUAA